UUGGGGCUGUGGAAUAUAUUCACACAAAAAAAUACCUGAAACUCAGGUUUUUAGUUUUUUUUUUCUUGUAUUUUUCACUUUGAUCGUAAUGGCAGGAGAAGCAAAGGUUCAGAAUUGAGAUUGAAAUUCAUCAGAGCCAUCUCUAAGAUUCAAAUUCUGGGCUUGCAUUAGUAGAAAUACAUUAAUGAUGGAUGCGGAGAUUGCGGAGAUUAGAGGAUAUGGUGGCGGUGCUCAUUAGUUUUUGAUAACGUGGCAGCUGCGAUAAUGGAAUGUAAUCAAGAGGCUGCCCUCAGGGCUAAAGAGUUAGCAGAAAAGAAAUUUGAGGAGAAAGAUAUAGCUGGGGCAAAGAAAUUUGCUAUAAAGGCUCAAAACUUGAAUCCAGAGCUUGACGGGAUUCCUCAAUUGAUAACAACUCUUGAUGUCUACAUCUCUGCUGAGAAGAGAACAAAUGAGGAUGUGGAUUGGUACAGGGUCCUCGGUGUGGAUCCGUUGGCUGAUGUUCCCACAAUAAGGAAUCAUUUCAAGGAAUUGGCACUUGUCAUUCACCCUAGUAAAAACAAAUCUGUAGGAGCAGAUGGGGCUUUUCGAAUUCUGUAUGAAGCCUGGAGGUUGCUGUCUGAUAAAGACCGUCGAAAUCUUUAUGACCAGAAGCGGAAUUUAAGGUGUACGUCUGAAAAUGUCUUGGACCAGAGAACAUCAGUAUCUAAUGGACAAAAUGGUUUCCAUAAUCUUUCUCACGGAAAUGGUUCGCUCCAACAGGGUUAUAAAGGUGCUACUUAUUCUGGGUCUUCUCCAACUUCCCCUUGUCCAUUGAAACCGUCAUUUUGGACUGUGUGCAAUGCUUGCAAGACAUAUUUUGAGUACCUUAGGAUUCAUCUCAAUCACAGGGUUUCAUGUUCCAACUGCCAUCAACCCUUUUAUGCUAUCGAGAUACCCACCCCUCCUAUUAAUUUCAAUGAUAUAUCUAGUGAGCUUACCAUUAAGAAGAGCUCACCUCCUUCAGAAAAGAGACCUGCUUCUACUACAAAUGUGGGGUUGGCUAGUUUUUCUGAUGAGUCAUCAAAGAAAACUUCUCAGGCAUGUUUUUACUCAAAGGUAGGUAAUGUUGAUAGGACGAGGACAAUGGAUUCUAUUUCUGCUCAAGGUGCAGGUGGUAUUCAUUCAAAAAUUGGGAAAUGGAAGAGAAAGUGUGAAGAUACCGUAUUAGAUAGUAAGGAAGUCAGUAAAAGCAGUUCUGUUUUAAAUGAUGCAAGUGGUAAAUUGAAUACUAAGCCUUCUAUUGUUGGCUUGAAUACUGGGUCUUCUGGUGUUGGUUUAAAUACUGGGUCUUCUGGUGUUGGUCUAAAUAUUGUAUCCAAAGAAGAUAGGCCUCAUAAAAAACGAAAGAAUGAGCAAAAGAUGGAAAUUUCAGUGGGAGCUGGAAAUGGGGUAGCUUCCGUGGACACUAUACUUGGAUCAAAGGUUAGUGUGGGCACAAGAAGGCUGAAUGUACCUGGAAACGGUAAAACUAACCGCACAAGGGAAUUGUCACUGAUUGAAAUGCGAAAUGUGCUUCAGGAGAAGGCUAAGAAAGUGAUUAGUGAGAAGCUUAAUGAAUGGAGAAUGGAAGCUGCUUUGAAAGUCCAAAAUCAGUCAAAGGAAGUUAGGGAGAAGGAGAAAGGAAAGAAAGAAGUUAAUAAACCUGUUGUGAAAGCUGAUAUGAGUAAAUGCGGUGAGCAUGUAGAUUGCAAGAAGGAAGAGCACACUGCAAUGACCUGCCUUGUGAAAUCUAAUGUGAGCUCUAAAACAAAUAGUCUUCCUCCAGUAUCAAUGAGUGUUGUAGAUCCUGAUUUUUAUGAUUUUGACAAGAAUCGAACAGAAAGGUCGUUUGGCAAUAACCAGGUUUGGGCUGCAUAUGAUGAAGAUGAUGGGAUGCCUCGUUAUUAUGCUAUGGUUCAUCGUCUAAUAUCAACUGAGCCCUUCAAAAUGAGGAUCAGUUGGCUAACUUCCAAAGGUAAUGAUGAACUGGCCCCAGUAAAUUGGGUUGCUUCUGGCUUUCCUAAAACUAGUGGGGAUUUCCGAAGCAGAAAGCAUGAAGUUUAUAGUUCUCUUAAUUGCUUCUCACACCAAGUUAAGUGGACUAAAGGCACAAGAGGUGGCAUUCAGAUAUAUCCUACCAAGGGAGAUGUUUGGGCUCUGUAUAAGAACUGGUCCCCCGAUUGGAAUGCACUUACUCCAGAUGAAAUUGUACACAAGUAUGAAAUGAUGGAAGUACUUGAAGAUUACAAUGAAGAGCGAGGUGCAACUGUUGUGCCACUUGUUAAAGUAGCUGGUUUCAAGACAGUGUUUCGCCGUCACUGGGACCCAAGUAAAAUCAGGACAAUUCCCAGAGAACAGAUGUUUCGGUUUUCUCACCAGGUUCCUUCUUACUUGCUUACAGGUAGCGAAGGUCAGAAUGCUCCUAAAGAUUGUUGGGAACUUGAUCCUGCAUCUACACCUUUGGAGCUUCUUCAGGUAACCUCUGAGUCGCUGAAAGAUGAUACGGAGGAAACGUCUGAGAAAAACAAUGGAGGAAAACUGGUGGAAAGUUUUGAAUGCCCCAAAGUACAGGAACUAAUGGAGGAUGGGAAAACAAAUUUUGAGAAAGGUCUGGUACUAGAUUCUGACAAAGAAGUUGCAGCAGGUGUUACAAAGAGGGAGGAGAAGGAAACUAAAGGAGGACAGUUGAAAGUAUACAAACGUAGAUGUAGACGGUAAAGGAAAGGAAAAUACAUGAGGAUGCUUACUGUUUUCCAAUCUAGUAGGCUUGAUCUAAUUGGCAGGGAUUAAUUUGUUCGGCUAUUCAUAUAGAGUUCACAAAGUAAAAUGUUCUAACAAGGUACUGCAGUUUUCUGUUUUUUGUUCUCCUUUUGUGUAUGACAGUGGGAUCUACAAUUUUGUUUGGAGUCAUCUCAGCCUUAUCAGAGCUUGCAGACAGUUCAGAAGGAACUUUUGCUUCCUAAUUUGUUAGACUCCCUUCUAAAGAACUAAUUCUUUGCAGCUGGCCAAAUUUGAGGACCUUGGAGCUAGCUUCAUGAAUUUUUUUGUGCACCUCAUAAUGCUUUUCAAUGUUUUUAGUUUGUUUUCAAUUUGAACUUUGCUAAACUUUUGGCUCUACACAGCUAUCCAAGAUGUUAGCCCUUGAUAGUUUCAUGCUUUCUAUAAACUACAUCCCUGUUAUUGUCUCUUUUUUGGGGGGAAUGUUUAGUUCUUAAUCUGUACAGACCACAGUAUUUUUUGCAUUCACAGGAGAAGUAAGCUCUGUAGAUUGAGCCUAUUUUUCAUAAAAAUUCCAGUUUAAUGCUCCAUCAUUCUGGUUCA